CUACAGCAGUGCAGUACUGAUCUGUGUGUGUGAGGACGACCUCAGUAACCCGCACAAUCUCCCCGUCAUACACACACCUGACACACAGCGCGGACUCGACCUCUUCACCCCGUGGCUCUCGUCCAAUCACAGGCAGCCGUUCCUGCUGGUGGGGCCGGAGGGGUGCGGGAAAGGGAUGCUCCUGCGCUGCUCGUUCUCUCAGCUGCGCUCCACCCAGGUGGCUGUGGUGCACUGCAGCGCUGAGACCUCCUCCCGUCACGUCCUGCAGAAACUCUCGCACACCUGUCUGGUCAUCAGCUCCAACACGGGACGCGUGUACCGGCCCAAAGACUGCGAGAGGCUGGUGCUGUACCUCAAAGACAUCAACCUGCCCAAACCCGACAAGUGGGGCACCAGCAACCUCAUCGCCUUCCUGCAGCAGGUCUUGACAUAUCAGGGCUUCUAUGAUGAGAACCUGGAGUGGGUCGGACUGGAGAACAUUCAGAUUGUGGCGUCCAUGUCAGCAGGCGGCGCUGUGGGGCGGCACACACUCACCUCACGCUUCACCUCGAUCGUGCGGAUUUGCACCAUUGAUUAUCCAGACAGAGAGCAGCUGCAGACCAUCUACAGCGCAUACCUGAAACCCGUGCUGCAAAGGACUCUGGGUAAUGAUCCAACCUGGAGUUCUGCAGGGAAGAUCCACCAGCUCGCCGGCUCAUUGGUGCAGGUGUACGAACAGGUGAAGGCUAAAUUCUCCGUUGAUGAUCACAGUCAUUAUCUCUUCACCCCAUGUUUGCUCACACAGUGGGUCCUGAAUCUGCUGCGAUACAACCUGAGCACAGGUAAAUCCGCUGUAGAUUCAGUCCUUGAGGUGGUGGCGUAUGAAGCCCGGCGUCUGUUCAGGGACCGUAUCGUGUCCUCUAAAGAUCUGAAUGCGUUUGAAAACAUCCUGUCCUCCGUCAUCAGAGGCGACUGGGGCUCGGAUGCACUCGACAACAUGACAGAUAUGUACUUUGUCACGUGGGCCGCGCCUCAUGAGGGCCGUUCUCCUGGUCAGCCGCUCCCACCUCACGGCAAACCGCUCGGACGUCUCAACGCUAGUGACCUCAGAGAGAUUAUACACAAGGGAAUAGUUCUGUACGGCCGUGAUAACCGUGAGCUGGACAUCCUGUUGUUUCCGGAGGUUCUGGACUACAUGUGUCGAGUGGAUCGUGUCCUGAGCUCUCCUGGCGGGUCGCUGCUGCUGGCGGGUCGUAGCGGCGUCGGCCGGCGUACAGCUACAUGCGUGGUCAGCCACAUGCACGGGGCGUCUCUCUUCACCCCCAAAAUCUCCCGCUCGUACUCACUGAAGCACUUCAAAUCUGACCUGAAGACUGUCAUGCAGUCGGCCGCUGUGGAUGGACAGCAGGUUGUUCUGUUGCUGGAAGAUCAUCAGUUUGUUCAUCCUUCCUUCCUGGAGAUGGUCAACAGUCUGUUGUCCUCAGGUGAAGUUCCGGGUUUGUACUCCACUGAAGAGUUGGAGCCUCUUCUGUCAUCUCUGAAAGAUCAGGCAUCACAGGAUGGAUUCACCGGGCCAGUUCUCAACUAUUUCUCCCACCAGUUGGAGCCUCUUCUGUCAUCUCUGAAAGAUCAGGCAUCACAGGAUGGAUUCACCGGGCCAGUUCUCAACUAUUUCUCCCACCGUGCGGGCGUGGCCAAGCUGAAUGAAGCGAAGGCAUUGGUGGAUGAGCUGAAGAGGCGGGCAGCCGAGCAGAGCAGCUUACUGAAGACCAAACAGGCCGAGGCGGACGGCGCCCUGCAGGAAAUCACCACAUCGAUGCAGAACGCCAGCGACCAGAAGACAGAGAUGGAGAAGAUCAAAGAGAGAAUGGCACACGAGGUCUCCAAGAUUGAAGAGAGGAAGAAGAAAAUAGACGAGGAGCUCCGAGAGGUUCAGCCCCUGGUGGACGAGGCAAAGCAGGCGGUGGGGAACAUUAAACCGGAGUCCCUGUCUGAGAUCCGCUCGCUGCGCAUGCCGCCCGACGUCAUCAGAGACAUCCUGGAGGGGGUGCUGAGGCUCAUGGGAAUAUUUGACACGUCCUGGGUCAGCAUGAAGAGUUUCUUAGCCAAGCGAGGAGUGAGGGAAGACAUCGCCACGUUUGAUGUGCGCAGUAUCACUCACGAAAUACGACAGAGCGUCGAGGAGCUGCUGCAGAGAAACAAGGCAUCGUUUGACCCCAAGAACGCCAAGCGCGCGAGUGCAGCCGCCGCUCCUCUGGCCGCGUGGGUGAAGGCCAACGUCCAGUACUCUCACGUUCUGGAGAAGAUCCAGCCGCUGGAGACCGAGCACGCCCGACUGAUGGAAAACCUGCGGAAGACGGAGAACCGUAAGAACAGGCUGGAAAAAGAGCUGAACUCUGUAGGAGAGAAAGUUCUGGAGCUGAAGGAGAAGUUUCAGUGUCGUACGACUGAAGCGGCUAAACUGGAGUCAGAGGUGAGCAGAGCACAAGAGACCAUCAGCGCAGCCGAGAAGCUCCUGCAGCAGCUGGACGGAGAACACACACGCUGGACCGCACAGGUGGAUGAGAUCAGUGAGGAGCUGGACACUCUUCCUAAGAGAGCUCAACUGUCUGCUGCUUUCAUCACGUAUCUGCCUGCCGCUCCUGAAGACCAGCGGCGCAGCAGCCUCGACCACUGGAUGAGCAGCUCAGGGCUACAGAAGUUCGAUCUGCGUCACUUCCUGUGUUCUGAGAGUGAGCAGCUGAUCUGGAAGAGUGAAGGCUUGCCGUCUGACGACCUGUCGAUGGAGAACGCUCUGGUCAUCCUGCAGAGUGCUUCUUGUCCGUUCUUGAUCGAUCCGUCCUCUCGUGCGACAGAGUGGUUGCGAACUCAUCUGAAAGCGCAUCGUCUGGAGGUCAUAAACCAACAGGAUGCUAACUUCAUGACGGUGUUGGAGUUAGCCGUGCGCUUCGGUAAGACUUUGAUCAUUCAGGAGAUGGACGGCGUUGAACCCGUGCUGUACCCGCUGCUGCGGCGAGAUCUUAUGGCACAAGGGCCGCGAUACGUGGUGCAGAUCGGAGACAAAGUCAUCGACUAUAACGAGGAUUUCCGUCUGUUUCUGGCGACCCGUAACCCCAGUCCCUUCAUCCCUCCUGACGCCAAGUCUGUCAUCACAGAGGUGAACUUCACCACCACUAGAGCAGGACUGCGAGGACAGCUGCUAGCAUUGACCAUCCAGCAGGAGAAACCAGAGCUGGAGAGCAAAAAAACCAAGCUCCUGCAACAGGAAGAGGAGAAGAAGAUUCAGCUCGCUCAGUUGGAGGAGUCGUUGCUGGAGACUUUAGCGACCGCUCAAGGGAAUAUCCUGGAGAAUAAGGAGCUGAUUGAGUCUCUGAACCAGACUAAAGCCAGCAGCGCUCUGAUCCAGCAAUCACUGACUGAAUCGCACCGCCUGCAGAUGUCACUCGACCAGGAAAGAGAUGCGUACUUGCCUCUAGCCGAGACGGCCAGCAAGAUGUACUUUGUGAUCACGGAUCUGUCCAAGAUUAAUAACAUGUACAGAUUCAGCCUGGCCUCGUUCCUGCGACUCUUCCACAGAGCGCUGCAGACCGAACAGGAAAGUGAGAGCACCGAUGUGAGGAUCUCCACGCUGGAGAGCCAUCUGAAGAACAUGGUGUACGAGUAUAUAUGCCGCUCACUUUUCAAGGCGGAUCAGUUGAUGUUUGCGCUGCACUUUGUGAAGGGAAUGAACCCAGAACUGUUCCAGGAGAACGAAUGGGACGUGUUCACUGGCCUGAUCGUUGGAGACAUGGUUCGCAAGACAGACUCCCAGAAGUCUCUGCGAGAACAGUUUCCAUCUUGGAUUGAUCAGGAGAGGCUGAUAGCCGUGGCUCUGCUCAAGAGCACAUUUCCAGUGCUGUAUCAGUAUCUCUGUCUGAACGACUCAGACCUAUGGCUCACGUUCUCACACAGUUCCUGCUGCGAACAGGAAAUCCCGCCCCCCAUUGCCAAGAAGAUCUCCCUCUUUCAGCAGGUUUUGGUGGUUCAGGCGUUACGGCCGGAUCGCUUACAGAGUGCGAUGGCAGCUUUUGCAUCUCAAGCUUUGGGGAUGAGGGAACUGUCUCCUCCUCCGCUGAAUCUGAAGCGUCUGUAUGGAGAGACUCUGGAGUCUGAGCCCGUCUUACUGAUCAUCUCUGCCGGUGCGGAUCCGUCUCAGGAGCUCCUGGAACUCGCCAGUCAGAUCGUGGGGCGAGAAAACUACCAUGAGCUGGCGAUGGGUCAGGGUCAGGCUGACGUGGCUCUACAGACGCUCAGAGAGUGUGUUCGCUCCGGUGAAUGGCUGUGCUUGAAAAACCUGCACCUGGUCACGGCGUGGCUCCCCCUGCUGGAGAAGGAGCUCAACAGUAUGAAGCCGAAAGCCGGCUUCAGAGUCUGGUUGACUGCUGAGGUUCAUGCAAAGUUCACUCCCAUACUGCUCCAGUCCAGCCUGAAGGUCACCUAUGAGGCUCCUCCAGGCCUCAAGAAGAACCUGAAGCGGACGUAUGAGUCCUGGAGCGCGGAGCAGAUCAGUAAAGGCGGUCACCUGACUCGAGCUCAGUCACUCUUAUGUCUGGCCUGGUUCCACGCCGUCUGUCAGGAGAGACGCAACUACAUUCCACAGGGUUGGACGAAGUUCUACGAGUUCUCUCUGUCAGACCUGAGAGCCGGCUUUGAGAUCAUUGACCGUCUGUUUGAAGGUGGGAAGGCGUUUCAGUGGGAAUUCGUGCAUGGUCUCUUGGAAAACGCCAUCUACGGCGGCCGCAUCGAUAACGUGUGCGACCUGCGAGUCCUUCGCUCGUACCUACAGCAGUUCUUUAACGCUCAGCUCCUCUCACAGUCACACACACACUCACGUGUCAAGAAAACUCACGCUUUCCCGGCUCAGAUACACCUGCCCAACUCCUGCAGCAUAGUGGAUUAUCGUGCCGUGGUGGACGCUCUUCCUGAAGACGACAGACCCAGUUUCUUCGGCCUGCCUGCAAACAUUGAGCGCUCUGCGCAGAGAAUCAUCAGCUCACAGGUGAUCUCUCAGUUGAGGAUUCUGAGCAGGUCUGUAGCAGCUGGCUCCAAAUUUGACAGAGAGAUCUGGUCUAAUGCACUCUCACCUGUGCUCAACCUGUGGAAACGUCUCAACCAGGGUUCCUCAUUGAUCCAUCAGAAGGUGGCUCCGCCCAGCGAGGGCGUCGGCUCUCCCAUUCUCUCAUUCGUCCAGCUGGAGCAGUUUAAUGCGGUGCGAUUGGUCCACAGCAUUCACCAAUCGCUGGCCUCGCUCAGUAAGGUCAUCAGAGGCACAUCCCUCCUGACCGCUGACGUACACAAACUGGCCACUGCACUCCUGAACCAAGAGUGUCCGUUGAGUUGGCAGAAUAAAUGGGAAGGCCCUGAAGACCCGAUGCAGUAUUUGCGAGCCGUCGUGUCCCGAGCGCUCGCGAUUCAGGGAUGGGUGGAGAGGGCAGAGAGGGGUGGACUGCUGUCGGAGAUGCUGGAUCUGUCGGAGCUCUUCCACCCGGACACUUUCCUGAACGCACUGAGACAGGAGACCGCCAGGUUGAUGAGCUGCUCUAUGGACAGUCUGAAGUUUGUCACGUCCUGGAGGGGUCAGAUUGCUGAAGCUAAACUACAAGUGAAGGUUGGCGGCUUGCAGUUGGAAGGUUGUGCUUUUGAUGGAAAUCAUCUGGCUGAGAGCCAUCAUGACUCUCCCAGUGUGUCUGCCGUCCCUGCGUGUUACAUGGCCUGGAUCCCGCAGAGUGCCGUGGGAAGUUAUUCUCCGGACGAGUGCAUCUCCCUGCCUGUGUACAGCAGCGCCGAGCGUCAGCGUGUGGUGACAAGCGUGCAGCUGCCGUGUGCUGGAGAUCAUGACACAUGGAUCCAGAGCGGAGCGGCGCUCUUCCUCAAACAGCAGUAACACACACACACACACUGUGGCAUUUACACAAUCCAUUUAUAAUGUGAGCACUUUAUAUGCUCGCCCUGCUUGUCUUUGGCUGCAUAUCGUGGUGUUUUUGUCAUGAUCGCUGCACUAAAGCUGCUGUGAGACGAUAGUUUUAAUCAGUCUUGUUGCAGGUAUUUAUAUUAUUAAAUA